AUGCCUCGUCUGGUGAACCGCUCCUCCAGAGUGAGCGAGUGGGUCUCUCAGGAACUGACUGUGCACUCAGAUUGCUCUCCAGUGACGGCGCACCUGCCGUGGGUGGACAGUUAUGUGCCUGAGUCGGAGGUAAUAAUUGAUCCAACUGAAAGAUCUGGUGGGCCUAUUCUGCUGUUAACAGGUCCACCUGGAUGCGGAAAGACCACGGCUCUCCGUGUUUUGCUACACUCAGAAUCGGUUAAAACAACGCAUCCUGUUUCAGUAGUCGAAUGGACUGACGAACCUGUGGGAGGCGACGAGUUGAAUCAUUUGGAACAGUUUGUUUCCCAACUCGGUCGUUACGGACAAGUAAAUCUUGAAACUGAUGAAUGGCACGACUCUUCAGCCACCCCUUGCGCUCUCAUCCUCAAGCAUAUUCUGGACCAGUGUCAAAUGGACGGCGACAAUUUUGUCUCCUGGCUACACGAGAACUACCUUGAUUUCACUCCACAUAUGACCGCUACUCAGUGGGUUGCCGACCGUUUCAGUUGGACUGAUGCUUUUUUGUCCGGUGGUAUGAACUGGCGUCUUGGGCUGACUGCCGCGGCGGACUGCAACCAUAUGCAAUCUGCCAGUUACCGAGGCACCGCAUCUACCGGCCGUCACUAUCCAACUGUGGUGAUGUCUCGUACUCUAGUGCUCUCAUACAACAUGGUCGAAGAGUCCGCGGACGGUGGUGAACAUGCGGACACUCAUCUCCGAAAAGGUUUCCAUCAGUUCAGGUCACCAUGGGCUACCGGAGCUUGGAGAAAGGCGAUGGAACACUUCAACACAGUGUUUGAUCUGUUGUGCAGAAGCCAGCUGUCUUCGCUUCAGGUCACUUCCGUGUGCAUGACUGGCCGCAAGCAUUUGCUUAUGGAUUGGUUACCUUUGGCCUUGGAGGUUCCGAAUUUGAAGAAUUGCAUUCCUUGCGGUUCCCUCACUACUCUAACCAACAGCUGUCGACUUAGUACCCCGUCACAUUCCCAUUCUCGUCCUAAAGUCGUUUCGAGUGGUCAUAUCACAGGACGACCCCGGCCGAAUGGCUUCUCCAAGGUCGAUUGCGAAGACGAUGGGUGGAUCUGCCCCAUGGAGGCCUUAUUGGAAGGAGCGGAGCUUCCUAUUGAGGAAGAUCUAUCCGAUGAUCAAUUUGCACGCGGUCGAUAGCAGUAACUGUUUGCGCCAACCUCGUCUAUGUGCAAAACCCUCGUACUCUACUGGGAAUGCACUGCAUUUACUAUGGUUUUCUUCAAAGCAGUGGACUUAUCAGAUCUCGUUCCAUUUCAUACCUCCUUGUAAACAUAUUUUGUAUCACGUUUAUUUCGUUUUCUACAUUUUGGAUACUCUGUGGUUCCAUUAAUGGAAGACGCCGGAAAUUCACCUCUUGCACACACUUUUACUUUGUACUCCUUCCGGUUAAAUUGCUUCGUAUCACAGGUUUUAUGCGCUUGUGUUCAUAGCGCUCGGGAUAGCCCACGUAAAUCAGCUAACGCAGUCAUUGUUGGCUUUAGAAGAUUACUUAUUGUAUAACACUUGUAAAGUCUCUUCACUUCUUUCUCUUAUCGCAUCGUAUGUUGCCACGCGAUACUAUCGAAUAUACGGCACACAGUGUUUGAUCUA